AUGGCCAAAGUCCAACCCGAGCGCAAGCUCCCCUUUGGGAAGAUCGAGCCGAACUCUGCCAAGACCGACUCACACCUCAGUCACUCCCCUCGACCUGGUCAAGUGCCGUCGCCAAGUCGAUCCCAAGAUCUACACCUCCAACAUAUCCGCAUGGCGAUCAAUCUUCGCCAAGGAGGGCCUCCGCGGUGUCUUUUUCGGAUGGUCGCCCACCUUCAUAGGAUACCGUUCCAGGGCGCCGGCAAGUAUGGACUUUAUGAGUACUUCAAGUACCUAUACGGCGACCAGCUAUUCCCAGAAACCAAUCGCACCCUAGUCUUCCUAGGCGCCAGUGCGUCCGCCGAAUUCUUCGCCGACAUGGCGCUGUGUCCGAUGGAGGCCAUCAAGGUCCGCAUGCAGACCACUCUGCCGCCCUAUGCGAAUAACCUCCGCGAAGGCUGGAGCCGCAUUGUCGCCAAGGAGGGAUUCAGUGGUCUUUACAAGGGUCUUUACCCGCUGUGGGCGCGUCAGAUUCCUUACACCAUGACCAAGUUUGCUACCUUUGAGGAAACGGUCAAGUUGAUCUACAAGACCAUGGGUAAGCCCAAGGAGAGCUAUAACCAGGUGACCCAGACAGGGGUGAGUUUCCUGGGUGGUUACAUUGCCGGUAUUUUCUGCGCUGUGGUCAGUCAUCCGGCCGAUGUUAUGGUUAGCAAGUUGAAUGCCGAUCGAAAAGCUGGCGAGGGUGCCAUGACGGCCGUGUCACGAAUCUAUGGCAAUAUCGGGUUCUCGGGGCUCUGGAAUGGCCUUCCCGUCCGUAUCGUGAUGCUAGGUACAUUGACAGGCUUCCAGUGGCUAAUGUAA